AUGCGGGGUGGGGGUUUGCUUAGGGAUCUUUUGAUGCUUGUUGGUGUUGUUGGUCUUCUUGCCACUUUGUGUGGUUGUACAUAUGAUAAUGAUGAGUCUAUGAUGUUUGAGACGCCAAAGCUCAAAGACUGGCUAGCCGAGCACGGUAUAACUAGUCAUUUUGCAUCAGUCGGCAGGCCGCAGGCAAAUGGACAGGUUGAGGCUUUCAACAAAAUCAUUUCUGAAGGAAUGAAGAAGAAGCUAGAUGAAGCUAAGGGAUUGUGGGCUGAUGAGUUGCCAAAUGUCUUGUGGUCAAUUUGUACCACGGCAAAAAACUCAACUGGAGAAACACCAUUCUUGCUGGCUUACGGAGCCUAG